AUGCGGAGUAACAUAUCUUUCAUCAUUUUUUUUAUAUUGACUCGUUUCGGGAAUGUUCUCGACGAAUUCGGGGUUGACGCUUAUGCCUCAAUAAUCGGAGACUCUACCCCUAAUCUAUCUAUCUAUCUAUCUAUCUAUCUAUCUAUCUAUCUAUCUAUCUAUCUAUCUAUCUAUCUAUCUAUCUAUCAUUGGGAGGCACGAUGGAAUCUAUCUAUCUAUCUAUCUAUCUAUCUAUCUAUCUAUCUAUCUAUCUUAAUCACUAUCUCAUCAUCCUCACCAUUAACAUCAUCAUCAUCAUCAUCCUUCGAUCUCCCUAUAAUUAAUCUUUGCAUUGUUGGAAUCUUUUUUUUAAUCUAUCUAUCUAUCUAUCUAUCUAUCUAUCUAUCUAUCUAUCUAUCUAUGAGAACUUGUUUCUAUCUAUCUAUCUAUGAGAACUUGUUUCUAUCUAUCUAUCUAUGA